AUGAACUCAAAUAAUUAACUUCAAGAUGAAAUUACUAAAGAACUUUUAAUCAUUAAACAAGACAUUGAAUUCAAAAUCCCUGAAUUCAUUAGAUAAGGCUGUCUUGAAUUCAAAGUUGACUAAAUUUCAUUCUAAAAAAAACAAGAUAUCAUCAAAUGUCUUGGAGGUCCCAAAUAUAAACAAGAUAAUCAAUUUGUCUCUAAAUUAACAGAAUGUUUACUCAGUCAUCUACUUAGAAUGAAAAAAUGCAGUCUAUAAUCAACUAAUAUCAAUCCAGCUAGACCCAUUUAUCUUGGAUAAUUAAUUACAAUCACCAUGUUUUAUUAUGAAGAUAAAAUUAUCAAAUCUUAUUCAAUCUUAGAAGAACUAACUAAAUUUAUCAAUAAAUAAAUUCAUAUCUAUUUUGAAAGUAUUAGAGAUAGAUUAAAACUUAUCAAAGAUAAAGAAUAACUAUUAUUAAAUUAAUUAAAACAUUCUUAAACAAAUUGUGAUAAAUUAAAUGAAUCCCUUUAAGAUGCCAAUUUUCUUAAAUGUUUUUGUCAUUCAUAACCAGGAUUAUAUGCUUCAAUCAAAACCAAACUUAAUACAUCCAAAAGUCUUAAAUGCAAAAUAUGCUCAUAAAACUUUCAUGCUUUAUGUUUACAAAUCAAUCAUGAUAUACAAGAUUUUAUUUGCCCUUUUUGUACUCUAGUUCUCUUAAACCCAUAAAAUAAAGUUAUUGACUAAAUUGUUUAGUCCACUUUUUAAUAAUUUCUUUAAUUCAAAAAUGAAAAACACUUUUUAUUUCAUUGUCCAGUUAAACAUAAAGGAUCUUAAAUAGAAAUUAGAUGUUUAAGAAUAGAUGGAAAAGAUGGAUUAAAUGAAAUCACUUGGCCAGAUUAUGGAGAAUUACAAAUUAAUGGUGUCAAAUUGGCUGAGUUUAAACCACUUAGUAUCAAUUAUAGUGUUAAAAAAAGAAAAGAUGAUUCCAUUAAUAUAACUAAUCACAUUAAACAUAAUGAAUAAAAUCGUAUUACACUAAUUGAAUACAAAUCUACUGAAGAAUUGAAAAAAUAAUUUAGAAUUUAACAUUAAUGUAUUUAUUUUUUGGGUAUAUUUUCAAUUAAUUAGUUGAAUGCCAAAGAAUUUCUUAUGGAUAUCAAAUAAUAUCAUAAAAAUUACUUAAGUAUUGAAGAUUCAUUUAAAUUAUUCAAAUAAGAAUGUUCUACCAAUAAAGAUGUUAAAAUUAAAUCAAUUAGAAUCAGUCUAUUAUGUCCUAUUACACUUUAAUUAAUUAAUAUUCCAGCUAGAGGAAGAUUCUGUAAUCAUCUUCAGUGUUUUGAUUUGGAAAAUUUUAUUACAGCAAUUGAUGAUUAAAAAGAUAAAAAAAUUUGGAAAUGUCCUAUCUGUAAAUUAAAAUGUUUUAAAUUUUUAAUUGAUGAUUAUUAACAAAUAAUUUUAGAAUUGAUUUCUGAGAAUACUCUUCCAAAUAAAGAAGUUGAAUUCAAUGAAAAUGGAGAGAUCUCAGAUCUAAUACUUAGAGAAUUAUGUAAUGAACGUCUCAAAAAUUAAUUUUAAAUAAAUGAUAGAAUAAAAAAAUAAGUGAAAACUGAUUGA